UGUGAGGCGGUCCCGCCGGACCAGCCCUGCUCCUUAGCGACCGGCAAGGAGCCGCUGGCUGUGAGCGGGGCCGGGCCAUGCUGUGUCGGGCACUGCUCCUUUCCCGUCUUCUUCUCUUCCUCCUCGGCUUUGGCCGGGCCUCGGGCGCAGAAUUUUCUCCUUAUUUACCAGCACCAAAGGAUGUGAGGGUUUAUUCCUAUAACUUUCAUAGCUCGCUGAGGUGGUCUCCUGUUGAAGUGGAUAGAGGCUUGGUGUUGUAUACAGUACAUUUUAAAACAGGGGCCUUUAACCAGUGGGAUGAGAUGAACUGCACACGUAUCACCCAAACCGAAUGCAGCUUCCCCUGGUCACUGAAGGAGCGGCGCUGGACUGUUGUGUUGCGUGUGAGGGCUGAGCUAGGGCAAGUGACUUCUGAGUGGGUAGAAACAGAUCCAUUUGUGGCAGAGAGAAACACUACUAUAGGGCCUCCUAAAGUGAAGAAUGUGAUUGAGAAUUCUGACUCCCUUCUUAUUAGUGUCACACCACCUUUUGGCUCUGAAGCAGUUGACUUUCUUCAGUAUCAUGUGUCCUACUGGGAGAAUGCAACAAGUACUACUGUGAAAGAGACAAAGACAAGCAAUACACUAUUCAAAAUUGGAGAUCUAAAGGAAUUGACACUUUAUUGUGUUAGCAUUCAAGCAGAAUUGAGGACACAUUCAGAUCACCGUUUACUUGGACUACAAAGUGUCCCAAGGUGUCACAGAACUACAAUCAGUGAGGCAACUAGAGCAGGAUAUAUUAUACUAAUAUUUGGAUUUGUGUUACUCUCUGUAUCAGUUGGUUUGUUUCUUCUGUGGCGAUACCACAAAACAAUUAAAUACUGGACUCAGCCACCUUUAAAAAUCCCAUCACACUUUGAAGAGUAUUUGAAGGACCCGAGCAUGCCUGUUUUAGAAGUGUGGGACAACUGUGCUGAGGAUGAUCCCCGUGAUUCCUUAUCUGUUGUGUUUUUUGGAGAAGGAAACCAGACCUUGGGCAGCAAUUUGGAUGGUCAAGCUCAUUUACACAGCAUUGCCCAUGACAGUGAAGUAACCUAAGUGGUGGCCCAGUGAGAGUGCCUGCACCAAGUCUUUGAAGGGGCUCAUGGCCAUGAACAGUGCUGAGUGGCUGCUGGCAGCACAGACAAGCUCUGUACAAAAAAAUGUAGCUACUGAGAAAUGCUGAGUGAGAUGCUACUUCCUGGGAAUGAUGUGGACCCUGAGCCUUAGUUGAUGUGGCUUCUGCUGGGUUCUGCAACAGACUGAAAGCCAAAAUGUGAAAGAGAAAUGAACACUAAGUUCUCUAAAGAAAGACAGAUGCUAGCUUCUUCCCUACAGCUAAAAAUGGCAGUCUAAAGAGAAAAACCAGCAUCACAAACCUGUGCAAAGAACUGCUCUAAGAAAGGCCUCCUAAUGCACAUUUAUGAGAAGCAUUAAUUUUCUGCUCCUGCAGUGAGACAAUUGUUCUUCACAGCAAACCACAUUUUACAUAAUUUUGCUCAGGGUUUAUACAACGUGCAUCAGUAAUUAUCAGACACUAAAAAUCUCUUGUUGACUAUCAGAUUAGUCCUGCCCAAAUGCCAAGCAUUGUGAGUCUUUUAAAGUAGAAGCAGGAGACAAGUCACAACAUCACAAUUUGUGGGGUCUGGACAGUAUCUAAUAAAGCACAAGUGAACCAC